UCUCCCCAGCCUUAGUAAUUGUUAAUAAUCGUGCGUAAUGGCUAAACGUCGCUCAUAGGCCCGAGCUCUGCUCCCGAACACCGAAAACUGCCACAAUAAUCACAAACAGUGUGAAAAAUCACUGAAAUGGCUAUUGCUUCAAUGUCAUUCGACGAAUCGCCAACUUUGCUCUAUUUAAACCUUUCUUUCGCCUGUGUGCUCUCGAAUUUCUUUUUCAUCGUCCAUUAUUGUAACAUUGCAUCCCUAAUUAUUCUAUGUCAAUUAGUUGCAACUCCUACAGAUUUAUCCUCAACACUUCUUCGAUAUAUAAACCCUCGACUCUUUUACUCAUGUCUGCUAAAAAGUUCCUUGUUCCCUCAAUUAUCGGUCUUUCUGCCAUUGGUGGUUAUUACUAUUAUUCCACUAUUUUAAACAAACCCACCCCAAAAAUGGCUGAAAAGUCCUGUUGUGCUCCAGCAAUCAAAACCUUCACUGGUUCUGAUGAGUGGAUUGACUUGAAUUUGAAAAACAUUGAAACUUUAUCACACGAUACCAAAAGGUUUUCCUUUGACUUGCCUUCAAAGAAUCACAUCUCUGGUUUAACAACCGCCUCAUUGGUAUUAGCAAAGGGCAAUGGUGUUGUCAGACCUUACACUCCAGUUUCACCUGUUGAUUUAAAAGGCGAAAUUGAUUUUGUUAUUAAAAAAUACCCAGAUUCAAAAUUCGGUACUUAUAUCUUUGGUUUGAAUCCAAAUGAUAAAGUCUCCUUCAAAGGCCCAUUUCAAAAGUGGAAAUUGGAAGAAAACCAAUUCAACGAAAUUACUUUGUUAGGCGGUGGUACUGGUAUUACUCCAUUAUUCCAAAUCUUGCAAGAAGUUACCUUAAAUCCAAAGGAUAAAACCAAGAUCAACUUAUUUUACGGUAAUAAAACAGCCGGCGAUAUCUUAUUGAAGGACAAAAUUGAUGAAAUCGCAAAAGCUCAUCCAGAUCAAGUUAAAGUCACUUACUUCUUGGAUGAUCUCUCAGACGUUGGUUCAGGUCCCCAAUACCAAAAGGGUUUCAUAACUGGUGAUUACUUGAAAGAAAAUAUUCCCAAACCAUCUAAUGACCAUCACAUCUUUGUCUGUGGUCCUGAUCCUUUAUACAAAGCAUUAUCUGGUACUAAAAAAUCGAAAACAGAACAAGGUGAAGUUACUGGUGCUCUAGCUGAACUUGGUUACACUAAAGAUCACGUCUUUAAAUUCUAAAUCAAAUCAAAUCA